AUGGAGGUGAAUGAAUUGCAAUACUAUCCCAUUCAGAUGCUCUAUCGUGUGGCGCAGAGGCUGAUAUGCUUGAAGCACUCUAAUCAUGAUGAAGAUUCGAUAAGAGAAGCACUUCAGACUCUCAAAGAGAAUUACCUUAGUGGCAGAUUGAUAUUUUUUGGGAAGAGUUUCUCGAGGACUAUAUGCCCAAUUAAAAAAGCGCAUGCCAUUCAUUGGUUAUUUGGGGCAGCCCAAACAUGUCCGGGUGGAAAUAUAGCUUUCAAAUUAAGCUUCGAAUUAGUGGAUGCUCCCAAAGGGAGUGGCGAUGCCAUACGCAAAAAGGAAGAGACUCCUAGAAUGGCAGAGGCAAAUAGAGCUUUUGCACAUUUUCUUUAA